AUGUUCUUCUACGGGACGCGAGAGCAGCAUGUUUUUCCAUCGUCAGCUUCGUCGCGAAUGAUCUACACGCGAGCACUUGGCAAUCACCAAUUCAGAACUGCAGCAGGACUAUUCUCUGCGGCUGGACUCAUUCGUACCACCGCCGGUAUCCAUGAGGAACGUGAAGCUGCUGCAACUGCUGCCAAGAGGAAGAGCACGGCGCAAUGUAAGUUUGGCGAAUUGUUGUACAACCAUCCGAACCAGAAUGUUUAG